UGUCCUGCCAUUAGGCAUGCGCACGUACAAGUCAAUGCAAGUGUUGUUGUGUGUGGUUCGAAGAGUUGCGUUGCACUUUUGUUGUAGUUUGAGGCAAUGAACACGAAGAAGUGAUCAAUUAAUUUGGGGCUUAGUGUACAAGGCUGGGCUCGGAUAAGUAUUGGCGGAGGACGAACGGUGAGUGAAUGAAACGUCGCCCGCAGAACAAAGGGGUCCUCUUCCCUGGAACUCACCAUUGUUUAACCCGGAGGGCGCCUCUUUACCCAAGUGGCCCAAAGGUGAGGGGCAUCCUGUCCUCCAGUCAUGACCGCUGGGAAUGGCAAUACAAACAGUAGUCGACACAGAGGAGAGAGCAAGCCAGCCCAGGCCAUAGUCAAAUCCCACAUCCUGACCCAUUUAAUAGAGGGCUUUGUUAUCCAGGAGGGUGCUGAGCCUUUUCCUGUGGAACGUCCGUCCUUUUCAGUUGAUUGCCUCAGGAGAGACAUGUCAGAUUCAAGAAUGAAUGGACUUCCGCCAAAAGAUUUAAAAGCUCGACAAGAGCCCAUGCUCACCUGUGAGCUUUGUGGCAAGGUGGACUUUGCAUACAUCUUCAAAAGGUCCAAGAGGUUCUGUUCGACACUAUGCGCUAAAAGAUACAAUGUAGGAUGCACAAAAAGAAUCGGCCUCUUCUCAAACCGCAAAUCCACCGUGGAGGACACGAAAAAACAAAAAGGACUGAAUGAAAACCCCCAAAACUCCAGUUUGGAGUUGGAAGACAAGACAUCUUCCUGCGUUCGGAAGUCAGCUGGUCACGUGACUCACCCUGCACAGGGGGAAUCAAGCCAAUGUUCAGACUUGUCAAGCAAUAAACAAGACCGUUGGGGACCUCGGGCACAAGGCACUGAAGUCCCGCGGGACCCCGGCCAGUGGAACGUGGACGACGUUUAUGUUUUCAUCUGCUCUUUGCCAGGUUGUCUGGAAAUCGCCGAGGGCUUUCGUUCGCAAGAGAUCGACGGACAGGCACUUCUCCUGCUGAAGGAGGACCACCUCGUGGGGGCCAUGAACAUCAAACUGGGCCCUGCGCUUAAGAUCGCCGCCCAAAUUGGCAUGCUCAAAGACUUGUAGCUCAUCUGUCACGCACAUUUUAUAUUUUACCCUUUGGUGCAGGCAGUCAAAGUCUGAAAUGUUUCAUGCCAUGUGUUGUAAUUCUGUAUGUGGUUCCCUUCAAGGAAUCCUUUUUGUGUCACAGCAGUUCAAAGGUUAGUCUGUCACUUUUAUUUGCUCUCAACAGUUUUGAGCCACUCAUCAUAAAACAGAACGUGUUUGUUAUAGAAGCAACAGCGUGUGUUUGAUCAGUUUCAGAGCUCUGUGGUGUCGUCUUUGACACAUCACAGCUGUCAUUAGGAAAGUGAUGUCACUCCCGUAAAUCCAGUUAUUUGUUGUACACUUUCAGAAAUAUCUACGUUUGUUAGUGCGUUGGCUCCAAUUUGACAGGAGCGAAUUAAAUACAUUGUAAAUAUUCAUACGGCAAUCUGGAAUUUAAAUUUGUCACAUUUCGUUGAAUUGAUUCUAAAAUCACAUUUGGAACAUUUUAUUAAUUAAAAAGAAUAUUUUUUU